GCAAUGAAGUCUGUGUGGCCGUCUGCAUUGUUGCUCUCGCUUCUUUGCACUGGAGCUCUGGGUUUUGACAUUCUGCCAGGCAGUUCUCUGACUCACCUGGACAUCACUCUGCAGGCCCUGUUUAAUGUGACUGUGCAGGUGUGCCGAGCAUUUGCUAAGGCUGAAGGGACAGACUUCAUUUUCCCUGCACAGCCUUUCACCAUACAGGGUGUUGCUACGGCCUGUGGUGCACCUCAGUCAUCUAAAACUUUCGUUCGGUCCAUUCUGCACAUCAUAUACAGGAAUGUGCGUGUGGACAUCCGCUAUGCCUUGAAUGCCAGCUUCCACUUUGAUGAUGAGAUGUUUGUUCAAGGAAAAAAAAUCAUCAUAGAGGGAAUACAGGCGGUCAAAGCAAGCAACAAGCUGGAGAAUUAUGAGGCAGCGAGGCAGAACCUGGGAGAAAUUCUGCAUCCUUUGCAGGAUUUCUACAGUCACAGCAACUGGGUAGAACUGGGAGAAAAAAGCCCCAACUCCAAUCUAAUCAAAUCUGGCGCCAGCAUUGGGAACAUAGCAGCUAGGAGCAGGGCGACCUGCCGCAGCUGUGACGGCAACAACUGCAGCAACAACAUUUUGGAGGAUAUCAUAGCGGAGAAGAUCCUGACAUCUGGAUACUUUAGUCUCACGCCUGUAUUUGCAUUGAAACCAAAGGGAAAAUGCAGUCAUGGAGGGGCAGUUGAUCAGACAAGUAAGAUCGAGCCUAUAGGUGGGAUCAACAAAGACAAAGAGAGUUCCAGCCAUGGGUAUCUCCACACUCAAGCUGCAAACAUUGCAAUAGCUGCAACAAGUGAGCUUCUAGAGGACAUUCGGGGGGCUGCUGGUGACAGACCAUUCUUGCGGAUGAUGGGUCUCUUUAAAGGAUCCAGUAAGGCUCUUUGUUUUGUCAUCGACACCACAAGCAGCAUGAAAGAUGACAUUGCAACAGUGAAAAAUGUCACUUCCACUAUAAUCAACCGUGAUGUGGGAACAGCCAAUGAGCCCUCGCUGUACAUUCUUGUACCAUUUAAUGAUCCAGGCUUCGGACCACUGACAAAGACAACAAACUCAGCAGUUUUCCAGAAUGCGAUUGAUUCUCUUGUAGCCACCGGUGGAGGAGAUCCACCGGAGAUGAGUCUCUCAGGGCUUCAGCUGGCUUUAAGCGCUGCUCCAUCAAAUUCUGAGAUCUUCCUCUUCACGGACGCAGCCGCUAAAGACAAAAACCUGAAGAGCACAGUGAUCGCACUCAUAGAGAGGACCCAGUCGGUGGUCAAUUUUAUGAUAACUGACACAUCAUCAGUCAACAGUCGGAAGCGGCGUGCUCCAUCCAAUAGGAUAGCAGAAGCUGACGCUCAGCUGUACAGAGAUCUGGCUCAGGCUUCAGGAGGCCAAGCUAUCGAAAUCACAAAGAGUCAACUUCCUCAGGCCACAGCCAUCAUAAAGGAGUCCUCCAACGCCUCUCUGGUGACCCUUCUUCAAGCAGCCAGGAACCCAGGAAAGGCUGAAAGCUUCACUUUUAUGAUUGAUGACUCGGUAACAAAUCCUACAGUUUACGUUACUGGGGAAUCCAUCACUUUUACUCUCAUUAGCCCCACAGGUGAAUCUCAGGAUAGCAGUGACACAAUGGGGUCACUGAUCAUUACAUCCCAGUCUGUGGGAAACUUCUGGUCCCUGCAGCUAAAAAAACAAACUGGAAAAUGGGAAAUGAGAAUGGUGUCAAGUAACCCCUACACUCUGAAGGUCAUAGGUCAGAGUCCUAUCGACUUCUUCUUUGACUUAGUGGUGGUGUCACAGGGCCCUUUUGGAGGAUUUGAUACCCUGGCGACACGUCCCAGUGCUGGUGGCAAUGGUAGCCUGUUGAUGUCUUUAACGGGGAGUGACACUGCCACGGUGACAGAAGUCACUCUGGUUGGAUCAUCUGGGUCAGAGGUGAUUAAAGGAGUCUUGGUGCCGCAGAGCAAUGCAAGCAUCUUGGUUCUGGUUGACAAGUUUCCAUCAGAGGACUUUGAGGUGCAGGUGAAGGGACAAGCUGAUAGUUUCACCUCCAAGGCUUUAAUACUCUUCCAGAGACAGUCACCAACCAACUUCAGAUCAUCAAAUCUGACGAUAAAUGCUAAUCCAGAGACCAUCAUAGUACCCGGAACGCUAUUUUCUGUGCCCUUCACUCUGAUGACGAGUGGAACAGGUGGAAACUUCACAAUUCGAUCCACCAACAGCAGAGGGUUCGACUCUACAUUUCCAACCAGUAUGUUCCUGGAGCCUGGAAUCACUAAUAAUGGCACAGUGACCCUCUCAGCACCUCUGAAUACCACAUCUGGAACUGAUGUCAGCCUGGCUAUUGAGGCCGAGGCUCCUGGGGGCACAGACAGUAACUACAUUGUGUUGCGCUUCUCCGUUCUUAACACGGUGACCGAUUUCAAGGCACCAGUGUGUGAGCAGCUCAGCCUGCAGACCAACUGCUCUGUUAACUGCAGCAUGAGGAUGUGGGAGGUCUCUAGCCGGGUGACUGAUGGAGCUGAUGGGACGGGCGUUGAUCUUGUCACCCUCAAGCAAGGAAACGGGACCAUAAACACCACCCUGGAUUCAAGCAAUGAGAACAUAACACUGGUGUACUACAGCGCAUCCUGCUGUUCACCUGACAUGGAGAUAGAGGUUGUGGAUCGCGUGGGUAAUGUAGCCACCUGCUCCUACAGCGGAAGGCAAGGUACAAUAUCUCCUGUCUCUGAAGCCACAAAGCUCACUUGGUCGCCCUUAUUUUGUCUCAGCAUUGUGAUUGUGGGACUCCACAUUCUGACAAAAAUGGGCAUCCAGUGACUCCAUGUCAGUGUGGUACAGCUAUAAUUUAUGUAUGUCAAUAUAUAUGUAUAAGUUAUAUCAGUUCUAUUUUUGACAUUUAACUACUACUAGUAUAUUGGCUACUGUGGUAUGGAGGCACUUACAAAAACUGAUGCCUUGAAAUAUAUUACAGCACUGUGCACAACCAUUAUGCCACCUCUAAUUUCUUUAAAAUCUGCUUACUUUCUUCUAUUUCACUUGUAUCAAGUAGUCCUGAUCAAUACUUCUCCAGACGUUCUGAAGUUUUUCUUCGGACAUUGGGUGCCUUUUCACUCUUUUUCAGUCCAGUCCAUGUACCUGAUCAUUUUCAUA